GAACAAGCUCCGCGACGCACUCGACGGAGAUCUCCACUAAGGUCAUUGCUGAUGACUUUAGCAUUCGUGACAUGCGAGGAUUCCCAUCCGCCCUCAUCACCAUCGCGGGUCAUUCAUCCGUGAGCGUUGGAUUCGCAACACCAACAUCCCUGGCUCGGUAGACGUCGAGCGCCUUCUCGAGCGGCAAUAACGAAUCGAGAGCAGGCAACCACAUAUACUCUGUGCACGCCCGGCAUCGCCUCCACACGCACGCAUUCAUCGAUGGCAACCGCCUGAGCCAAAAGUCUCGCCUAAUUCGUCGCGAUCAAGCCCAACUCGAGAGCUAUCAAAUUCGCCAUGUGUGCGGCACCGAUCACCAUCACAAGACCUGACGGGACAGCAUUCAGCCCUGCAUCCGUCUCGUCACGACCCUCCACGCCGUCGGCAUGCUCGGCGAGCACAUUGGAGUCCACCUCGAGCGAAAGCACCACCUCGGACAGCAUGGCUUGUACUGCUGGAAAGCCCAAAGUCAGACUAGUGUUGUCCGAUCAAGAGCAAGAAGCCUGGAACGCGGCCAUCAGCGAAGCAAAUGUAAAAAUCACUUCCGAUGCGAACAGACUCCCCCGAAGUACGAACAUGGGCGUCAAAGGGUCGCACCUCCACACUACUCAAUACGUUCCACCUCACGAGCGCAUGUGGGAAUCUGAUGAGACAGUGGAUCGAAGCCCGCUGUCUUCUCCGAAGAUGACGCGCAGGGCGCACUUCAGCAAAGUCAUUCCUUCUCUAAUGGUCACUUCCGUCAAUCUCUCGCUGCCCUUCUACACCCAGGUCCUCGGAUUCUCAUUGGUGGACAGACCCACCGAAGCCCGAGCAAACAUUGUUCGCGCCGUUGCGGGCGAAGUCAAUGGAGCCGGAAGGACCGUUCGGCAGGGAAGGGCACCAAUCGAAGGUGUGGAACUCUACCUGCGCCUGCCACCCGUAGGCGACGACGGACAGCGCGAACCGUGCCAAAGGUCGACUCUUUACAUUGCGGUGGACGAUGUGGAUGCAUACUAUAAGGAAAUCUCGACGAAGCUCGACGCACUGGUGCCCACGGGAGAAGAAUACUUUCCACGCUUCUACCAAGGCUCUGCCAAGCUGCAGAGCAAACCACAGAACAAGGCAAGCGGUCAGAGGGAAGCCCAUGUGGUCGACCACGACGGAAACAAAAUGAUCUUCUUCACUGAGCUUUACCGCUGACUGCUGGUCAACACGCUACCGUCGUCAACUCAAAGUCAUCGUACCCUCAACGGUCGGGAUUCGGAUCGGGGACAUCUCUUUCGCCCCUCGUCUCUCUAGUCACUAGCCAUAUAGAAGCGCUCGGCGCGCCUUUACCGUCUUCACCAUUUUUCAAGCAUCGGCUUCUGCAAUCAUACAUCAUUCGCUACUUUUCACUGUAAUACAUCCACCAUCCUCGAGGCAUCCAGACUUUGUCUCCUUGCGCUCGCUUGCUUCCCCAUACGACGAUGCACUCCCAACUUUCUUUUGCGCACGCUAUACCUGUUGUAAGAAUACCUUUUUGCAUUCGCAAAUGUGAUCCAUGCACGUGG